GCUGCGGCUCCGCGGGCAGGGCCGGCGCAGGGUGGAGCCAGGAGUCCCAGGCGGGUCCGGAGGGUCCGUGGCGCUGGGCCUCCCGCCGCCUCUCCGCGCCAUGACCCAGCCCGUGCCCCGGCUCUCCGUGUCCGCCGCGGUCGCUCUGGGCUCGGCCGCACUGGGUGCUGCCUUCGUCACCGGCGUCUUCCUGGGGAGGCGGUGGCCCCCGUGGCGAUGCCGGCGACAGCAGUGCCUGCUGCCCCCCGAGGACAGCCCCCUGUGGCAGUACCUACUGAGCCGCUCCGUGCGGGAGCACCCUGCGCUGCGCAGCCUGCGGCUGCUGACCCUGGAGCAGCCGCAAGGGGACUCUAUGCUGACCUGUGAGCAGGUGCAGCUGCUGGCCAACCUGGCGCGUCUCCUCAAGGCCCGGAAGGCGCUGGACCUGGGCACCUUCACGGGCUACUGCGCCCUGGCGCUCGCGCUCGCGCUGCCCCCCUUCGGGCGCGUGGUGACCUGCGAGGUGGACGCGGAGCCCCCGGCGCUGGGGCGGCCCCUAUGGCGACAGGCCGAGGCGGAGCCCAAGAUCGACCUGCGGCUGCGGCCCGCGCUGGAGACCCUGGACGAGCUUCUGGCGGCAGGCGAGGCCGGCACCUUCGACGUGGCGGUGGUGGACGCGGACAAGGAGAACUGCGCCGCCUACUACGAGCGGUGUCUGCAGCUGCUGCGACCCGGAGGCGUCCUCGCAGUCCCCCGAGUCCUGUGGCACGGAGAGGUGCUGCAGCCUCGGAAAGGCGACGUGGAGGCCGAGUGCGUGCGAAAUCUGAACGAGCGCAUCCGGAGAGACGCCAGGGUCCACAUCAGCCUCCUGCCAUUGGGCGAUGGCCUCACCCUGGCCUUCAAGAUCUAGGGCCGGCCCCUAGCAUGUGGGCUCCAGGGAGGUUACCUAGAAACCCAGGCACUGACCCUGAAUCUUCAAUCCAACAAUAAAGUGGGGCUGGGGCCCCGACCUCCA